AUGAGUUGGGCUCCCGACUCACCAGUUGAGCUAGCUGAUGGCCGUUUGGUCUGUGCAAGAUUUAUUCGAGUGGAUGAUCCAGAGUCUUUUCUUAUCUACACCGACGGUGCAUGCCUCGGCAAUGGACAAGUCGAGCCCAAGCGAGGAUGGGCAUUUGUUUUUGGACCUCAAGAACCAAAUACUACUAUGAGUGUCAACGAACGUCUGGAAAAUCAGGGUCCAUUGGGCGAUUAUGCCAACCAAACCAGCAAUAGAGCGGAGCUUCGAGCCAUCAUCGGUGCCCUUCGUUACAGAAACUGGGCAAGCGAAGGAUUCACCACUCUUGUCCUGGCGACUGAUUCAGAAUAUGUCGUCAAAGGUGCAACAGAGCGGAUCCGAGCAUGGCUACGGAGGGGAUGGAGGAAAAGCGACGGAGCGGUUGUAAGCAAUGUGGAUAUGUGGCAGGUAUUUCUUGGAGAGGUAGAGCGCUGGCAUGAGUAUGGUGUUAAGAUUCAGCUUUGGAAGAUUCCGCGAGAGUGGAAUACUGAAGCGGAUCGGUUGGCGAAGGAGGGUGCACAGCUUGAUGAGGAGCUUACCUUUAAAGAAAGGCUGGGUAUCUUCCCAUGA